AUGGAAACACUUCUUGAAUUAAACAAUGUAAUGAAAAUGGAUAUCAGUCGUGUAUUUCGUGAAAUUAAAACUGAACGUGAUCCUCGAACAAUUAAAUCAAAUGAAAAAACAAUUGUAUGUCAACAUUGGUUAAGAGGAAUGUGUAGAAAAGGAGCAAAUUGUGACUUUCUUCAUCGUUUAGAUGAAGAAAGAACACCAGCUUGUCAUCACUUUGUAAAAUAUGGAAAAUGUGAGAAACCAGAAUGUCCAUUUAAACAUGAAGACCCACAAAAGGCAAUUCCUUGUGAAUGGUAUAAAAGAGGAUUUUGUAAACAUGGAAAGAAAUGUAAACAUGGACAUGUCCCAAAAUUAAUGUGUCCUUUAUUUUAUCUUGGAUUUUGUCCCUACGGUAAAAAGUGUAAAUUUGUUCAUCCAACAAUUUCUGUUCCAAGAGAAACUAUAGAAAAAACACAACCCAGAGGAGAACGUUUUCCUCGUGAUGGAGAUGAAAAAAAUGCAAACUUCAAACAUGAAUUUACAAAACCAAAAAGAGAUUAA